CAAGCUUUGACCGAAAUUGCAGCCUGGGUCGACGAUCAGCUGGAAUUGUUUCGGCUAGCUAUUACGGAUGAGAAUUGGAAAGCUGUCGCGGAUAUCAAGACAUAUUUCUGUGCAUCACACGACGCCUUUAUCCGGGUGCAUCAAAUGAUUCUGCGCCAUGAUGUCAUCGCCGCUGUAAAGUCAACU